GCUCUCGUGUUACACAUGUGCUUGCAAUUUCUACAUAUGAGAUCCAGCAAAACGUUCAAAUUUUAUCUUCUUCGUGUGGUCUACUUUCUAAACCACUAAACAGACGGAGAAAAAACAAAAAGAAAAUGAAGAGUAAAACAAUUGAGGAAAAUUCGAGUGAAAAAACAGAGUGAAGAUAUAUAUGUAAAAAACUGUGAGUCUUGUAUCCAUUUGUAGAAAAUAAAAAGUAGGGAAGUGGAGUGUGAGCAUCCAAUUUACUCAGCUUCUUAAGAAAUGGAAAAAACAGAGCAGUGGCAGCAAGAGGAGGAAGUUGAAGAGACAGAGGAAGAGGAAGAGGAAGAGGAAGAGGAGGAGGGGGCCACGGUGGCCUUACUAGGCCAACAAUGGGAGAAGUAUGUGACCGCAGUAGAGGAGGAUGAGGUGGCUGCAUUGGCCUUGCAAGGCCAACAAUGGGAGGAGGAGGAGGAGAAGGUGGACGCAGUGGCCUUGCAGGGAAGGCGGCCUCGGCGUCUCACCACAACCACAGCCAUUGAAGUCAGUGAUGCUAGUAAAAUUGAUUUAAUGUUGCCUUCCUCAGAGCCUGCCAAUGCCGAUGGCGGUGAAUUUCAAGAACAAGACACCAAUCAUGUAGUGGAACUAGUACUAGACUCGCCAGAAAGGUCGAAGAAGAGCGUUUAUUCCGACAAAGUCCAAGGUACUGAAUCCUUUUUGGGAUUUUUUGUAACAGAAAAAAGUGGCAUUAAAGCUUCUGCUUCUGAGAAAAAUCCCAGAGAUGAUAGAUUAGUUGAUGACAGCUUCUCUGGUUUCAGACCUCUGCCUUCUGAAAAGUCAUUUAAAGAACAUAAAACAAAUAAUUUUUUUAGUGAUGUAACAGUAGCACAUGAUGAUAUUGAACAAAUAAAGGACAGUGAUCAGGAAUUCACAGAAUUAGAUGUUGAGAGAAUAUUAGAGAAGCAAGAUACACAUGAUUUAUACUGUCCUAAUUGCAAUUCCUGCAUUACCAGAAGAGUUAUACUUCGUAAAAGAAAACGCAAAAUUCGAAUUUCUGAUGAAGAUUUAAAACGUAACAAAUUGGAAACAGUAGUUCCACCUGAGAUAGUUGAUGCUAUUCCGUCCGAUGCAACCAAUGAUCAAGGUCUGACACCUGCAGCUGAUGAAUAUAAUCGUGUCAGAGAGCCAGAGAUAUUCAGAUGCUUAUCAUGUCUCAGCUGUUUCAUUCCUACAGGUGAUGGUUUUAAGCUGUCCAAGAUAUUUGGAGAUAAAAAUGAGGAGGACAACAAACAAAGUUCUCAACAAAUAUCAGCAACGAAAAAAAGUUGGUUUUCCUCUAUUUUUGCAUCACGUAAGGACGACAUGUUGAUUGACCAAGAAAGUGAUCGUGUGGCAGGUGUGGAAGAAAAUAUUGUCGGAGCAGUAAAACGAGAGGAUACAUCACCUCCUGAAUCUGUUGGUGCUCAAGGACUUGUAAAGAGUAGUAUUGCUGAACCUCAGGAAGUUGGAGAUGAUAUUGUGCCUUCUUCAACACAAAGCCCCAAACUGAUUGGGGAAGUUAUAGCCGAUGUAGGGGACAAAUUAGAUGAUGUAACCAGAAAGAGCAGAGAGGGGGCUGCACUGGAUCAUCCUGAAUUAGUUACUGUUAAUCAGUCAGAUUCAUCAAGCUUUUCGAAUGAAAUGGUUUCAAAUGAAGAAAUUGACCGUCGAGCAACACAAAUUUCUGGGAGAGCUCCUGUGCACACUGAAGAACCUGUGGCAAUAGAAAGUAUAACUUCAGAUGAUAAAGACUUAACCUUGCUAUCGCCACAACCAGUUUCAGUACUUGGGAAGUCGGAUAUCAAUGAGACAGUGUUAAAACGUAACAAAUUGGAAACAGUAGUUCCACCAAAGAGGGCUGAUCUUUCCACUCUAUCUGUAGUCGAAGAUAAAACUGUGGAAGCUAAAUUAAGUGAUGCAGACUAUUCCUCUGGAGUUGCUCAGCAUGCCGACAUUGGCACCAAAGUGGACAUUUCAAUAGAGGAGCCCUUGAAAGCUGAUACAGAUGUCGUUAGUCUAUCCGUACAGGAUGAUUUAUUGAUUCAAGACAGACAAGUCAGCAUUACUAACGAUUCAAAGGAUAUGCCAGAAAAAAGCAUAGCAGCAGGCAGCGAUACAAUCAUUAUUGUAAAAGAAGAGCCAGUUGAGCCAGCAGCUCCUCCUCAGGAAGCACAAGAUAUUAUUACUUCAGCAGAAACAGAAGUUUCAGCACCUACUGAGAUUGCUAAAGCUAGAAGAUUUCCAGGAUUGGAAAUAAUGAAAAGCAUUUUAUAUGGUGGUUUGAUUGAAUCAAUUACGAGCCUAGGUGUUGUUUCAUCUGCAGCUGGUGCUGAUGCUACCACAUUGAAUAUUUUGGCUCUGGCAUUGGCUAAUCUGAUUGGAGGAUUUUUCCUCAUUGGUCAUCAACUGUGGGAGCUGAAAAAUGAAAAUUCUGGGGUAACAUCCAAUCAAGCAACUGAGGGUGAAUCUGAUCAAGUAACUCAACAACAAGAAGACCGGUACCAAGAACUACUAGGCCGGAGAGAGAAUUUCUGGCUUCACGCGCCUGUCACCCUGUUAUCAUUCCUCAUAGUUGGUUCACUGCCACCUGUCAUAUAUGCCUUUACAUUUCGUAAGAGCAACAACUCGGAUUUCAAACUUAUCGCAGUCGCUGUAGCUUCUCUUCUGUGCAUCAUUCUACUCGCUAUUGGGAAAGCUUACAUUCAGAGACCACCAAAGGCUUAUAUAAAAACAGUAGUGUACUAUGUUAUCAUGGGGUUCAUGGCCUCUGGUGUUUCCUAUGCAGCAGCUGACCUGAUCAAAAUGCUCCUGGAGAAACUUGGUUGGUUCGAUUCUGAUCUACUUCUCACCCUUCCCGAGACAACGACAAAGCAGCCAGGAUGGGGAUCUUAUUAAUCUUCGCGGGUUUUGAAAGCAGAGUUCUUGUCUGAAACUUGCUUCGACCAAUGCAGCAGUACUAAAUGCAGAGAAAUUUUACACUUUCUGGGUCAAAGCAGCAGUCUCCCAUCUAUAUUCCGUCGAUGUUGCUGACAUUUUACAGUCCAUCCACAAGAAGAAUGGAGCUUUUUCAACAGGAAGGUUAAGCUUUGUAACCAAUCUUUUUUUUUUUUUCCCCUUACUGACACUGAAAUUCCUACUCUAGCCUGAAAGUGAUUGGUUUCAUCAUUUCAACUCAUUAAUCUCUAAUUUCGAGACCAAAUUCACAAUAAGUUGGAGCAAAUUGCCUAAUGUACCUGAAACAAUGGUUAUGCCAUAAAGAGAGGUAGAAUCCGCCUAUGGCCAAAUCACAAGUAGGAAGGAAAAUCCAUCAAUGUCACUGUCAGAAAACUUGGUUUGGAAGAAGAUUUCGAAGCCUGGGUACUUAUUCCCGUCAACAAGAUUGAUUGAUUGAUUGUUCAGAAAAUUAAGAAAAAAGAUUUGGGACUUGGAUUGACAUCUUGUUGAGUAAUAUGCCGAGUUGAGUAGCUUGUGACAGGAACUUAAUUAUUAUAUGUUCACAAGACAUUGGCGAUUGAGCAUCAA